UUAAUGUUAAUAAACAGACAACACGUGCAGCACAUUGUUUUGAUUUGGUUUUUGUUUUAAAUUAGUUAAUAAAUUAAAGAGAUAUAAUGAAAAUCCGAAAGAAUCACGCUCGCAAGCGUUAUCGGUAUAAUGUAAACCGCAAGACCCUGAACAAAACUCGUAGUUCUACUGGAAAAAUUAAGGACCCCGUUUUGAAAAAAUUGUGGAUGGAGGGCCAGCGAGUUGGUACCAAUUUCUCUGAAAUGGGUCUUGCCAGUGAUCCUAACAAAGCUGUCGCCAUUCCAAACUAUAAAAGCCAAAGACUUCAAACAGUCAAAAUAGUUAAUGGCUUUGUAGAGGAGGAGAUGGACGACGAAGAGAUCAAGGCACUUAAGGGCUCCAGAGUAACCGAGUCUCAAGAACCCAAACGUGGUCAUGUUGUACGGGAGCUAGAACAGAUGGCCAGUGAGCGAGCAGACCCCGAAUUCAGAUUGCCCAAAGGCGUCGUUAAAGAGCUGAGCUAUUUUCUCAAUAAACACAAAUUCGACUAUAAGGCCAUGGUCACAGAUAGACGCAAUUAUUGGCAGUGGACUUGGCGUCAAUUUCGUUUGAAAAUUCGCAGAUUUAUGUCAAUACCCGAACAGUUUAACGUUUUCUUGGAACAGAAGAAACUUCCGUUGGACACAAAGCCUGAUUGGCCGGAAUAUGAAUCCGACAGCGAAUGGAAGUAGAUAAUAAUAUUCAAAAUUCACGGCAUCAAUGCGUCGUUCUUUGUAAUAUUAGGUUAAAACUUUUUAUUUUGAAUACAUUUGUAUGCAAGUUUAGUAAUAUGGAAAUCUAACAUCAUGGUCAACAUUA